AUGGCAAACGCUACAAAGGCCUCCGCCGACUUCAUCUCGGCCGCUGAGACCGUCUUGACCAGUCAAGAUGACGCCUCUCGCAAGCAACUUCUGAGCACUGCCAUGCAGGCGACAGCGAUGCUCGAAACUCCCUUGGAUACCGUUUGGAAGAUGAUAAUGUCGCCCCAUGCGCCCGCCGCUCUGAUGACUCUCAUCAAGGCUGGAGUCAUCCAGGAGAUCGCUAAGGCGGAACCAUCGGUCACGGCUGACCACCUUGCCUCGGUCUCAGGCGCCGACAGGCUGCUGAUUGUGCGGCUCUUACGCCCCCUCGCCGCUUUGGGCGUGGUGAAGGAGACAAGCCAGGAGGUGUAUGCUCCUACACCGAUCACUAAGGUCUUGGUUGAUCGCGCUCUGCUCGGCGGAUACCAAUUCAUGUUCUCUGCUGCGGCGCGAUCGCUCGCGAAUCUGCCCUUCUAUCUUGAGAAGACAGACUACAAGCAUGUUGCUGGAGCCCCAGGUCCAUUCCAGGAUGCCCACCAUACAGACAACAACAUGUUUCCAUGGCUCAUCAGUGACCCGUCCAUGAUGGGUAACUUCAACGCCUUCAUGACCGGACAGCGCGCCGAUCGCAAACAGUGGUUCGACUUCUUUGAUGUCCACGACAUCCUGCUCAAGGGCGCCAAGAACGACCCCAAUGCCACGCUGCUCAUUGACAUCGCCGGCGGCGAAGGUCAUGAUGUCGCUGAGUUCCACAAUCGCUUUCCCGAUGCACCGGGCCGGCUCAUCGUGCAGGACACACCCCCUGUGAUUGACAGCAUUCAGGAUCUCACGCCCAAGGUCGAGCGACAGAAGUAUGACUUCUUCACGGAGCAGCCUAUCAAGGGUGCUCGCUGCUACUACUUCCGCUCCAUCUUCCAUGACUGGCCGGACAAUGACUGCAUUGCCAUCCUCAAGAACACGGCGGCGGCAAUGACGCCUGGUUACUCGAAGCUCCUCAUGUCGGAGUUCGUGCUUCCUAGCUCCAACACGCCUCUUUACCCUGCGCUUCUGGACAUCAACAUGAUGGCUCUUUUGAACGGCAUGGAGCGAACUGAGGCUCAGUUCACUGCGCUUUUGGACGCUGCUGGAUUCAAGGUCGUCAAGUUUUGGUCUGUCGGUGCCGAGACCGAAGGUUUGAUUGAAGCUGUGCUGGACAACUGA